AUGUCUGCUGUCCAGCCUGUCGCAGUCUACGCCCUCCGGGUUCCUCCCGGAGCUAUGGUUCCCGCCGUGCCCAAUGCCGCCGCUUCGUUCCGUGUCAGCAUGGCCGCCAUCGAUCCCGAUGAGGAGCCUGACUACGAGGAUGGCGACUCCAGCAAGCCCGCUCGCGCCACAUUGAAGAUUGUUCGCGCUCCUCCCGGUCUCGACCUCGAUGAGGAUGAUGAGGACGAUGAGGACUACAGCGACGAGGAGGAUGAUGAGGAGGACUCUGACGACGAGGAGGUCAACGGUGGUCCCAGUGACAAGGAGAAGGCUCGCAAGUUGAAGCAAGCUGCUGCCCAGAAGGAACUCGAAGAUGCUAUGGAUGAGGACGAUGAUGAGAGCGAUGGUGGUUUUGAUCUGAAGGCCGCUAUCUCUAAGCUUAUUAAGGGCAAGGGCCCCGCUUUGGAUGACGAGGACUCCGACGAUGAGUCCGAUGAGGGUCUUGACCUCGACGAGAGUGUCAUCUGUACUCUGAACCCCGAGAAGAACUGCCAGCAAACUCUGGACAUCACUGUCUGCGAGGGUGAGCAAGUUUUUUUCAAGGUCACUGGUAACCACACCGUCUACCUCACUGGUAACUACGUCAUUGGUCUUGAUGAGGGCCACGACCACGACCACGACCAUGACCACGAUGAUGAGGAUGACUACGACCUGUCUCCCGAUGAGGAGGAGCUCGAUAUGGAGGAGCUCCUUGCCCUGGAUGGCGACGAGACGAGGAGGAGGCCCCCCAAGCUUGUUGAGGCUAAGGGCAAGAAGGGCAAGAACAAGCGCGCUGCCGAGGAGGAGACUCUUGACGAGUUGAUCGCUAAGGGUGCCAAGAAGACUGCUACCAAGGAGGAGCCCGUUCUCACCAAGGCCCAGCAGAAGAAGCUCAAGAAGAACAACGGUGAUGCUGCCGCUGUUGAGCCCAAGGAGGCCAAGAAGGAGGCCAAGACCGACAAGAAGGUCCAGUUCGCCAAGAACCUCGAGCAGGGUCCUACCCCCUCCGGUGACAAGCCUACCGGUACUCUCGGAGUGAAGGAGGUCCGUGGUGUCACCAUCGAUGACAAGAAGCUCGGUAAGGGCGUUGCUGCCAAGAGCGGUAACACCGUCGCCAUGCGUUACAUUGGCAAGCUCGAGAACGGCAAGGUCUUCGACUCCAACAAGAAGGGCAAGCCUUUCACUUUCAAGCUCGGUCGCGGUGAGGUCAUCAAGGGUUGGGACAUCGGUGUCGCCGGUAUGGCUCCCGGUGCUGAGCGUCGCCUCACCAUCCCUCCCCAGCUUGCUUACGGCAAGAAGGCCCUCCCCGGCAUCCCCGCCAACUCCAAGCUGAUCUUCGACAUUAAGCUGCUGGAGAUCAAGUAA